AUGAACACAGAUGCCAUCGUUGACCGGUUCGGUGCGCUCUCAACGAUACGCUCGCGCUCUUGCCGGAGCUCUCCGGACGUGCAUGAGAGUCGGUUGUCGUCGCCCAAGGGGGACGCAGACCCCCCGGCCCCGCGUCUGGCCACGCGACGCGACGAGGAGUUCUACAGCCAGGACAUCGUUUUCCUUGUGCGUAUCUACACCUCUUUCGUUGCUACGUGCACACGUUGUCCUCGUCCUCCGCGGUCUCCCAUCCGUGGCCACUUCCACCAUCUCCACUUCGGACCCGACACGCUGAUGGAGGUCUCACCCGCGCAGGUGGACGGCGUCCUGUUCAAGGUUCUGCGGAAGCCGUUCGAAAAUGAGUCGAAGGCGUUCGGGGACACAUUGGAGCUCCCGCCGGCGGACCACCCACAGGGGCAUGAGGGCGAGUCGGACGCGAACCCGCUCAGGCUGGAGGGCGUGACGGAGGACGAGUUCCGUGCGCUGCUGAGGGUCUUGUUUCGCCCCCAAUAUGGCCCGACGCGCACGUACGACAAGGCGCACUGGAUCGCGGUGCUCAAGCUCUCCACGAUGUGGCUCUUCGAUACCCUGCGCGACACGGCGAUCGAAGAGAUCGCGCGCUAUGUUGCCGCCCCGCUCGACCGCAUCGAGCUCGCGCGCACAUACGACAUCCCACACUGGUGCGAGCCCGCGUUCGCCGCGCUUUGCCGACAGGAGCGGCUCUCCCCGGAAGAGCUGGAACGGCUCGGCUGGAACGACGGUGCGAAGCUCGUCCACGUCCGCGAAAGCAUGGAGUGGGCGGACGCGUGUACGUGCGGGUGCAACUACUGCACGAUCACGCACGGGCCCGCUGUGCCCAGGGCGGCGGUCGUGCACCCGCACACGCACCCGGGGGCGCGCCCAGGGGCGGUGAGCACGACGGUGCUGCGCAGGAACUACGACUUUGGGCCGAAGCUGAGGGAGGUGUUCGGGACGGCGUUGUAUUGA